AUUAGCGGCGGAUGUGUGUCUUUGACUGACUGUUCUGCCUCUGUCGUUCUUUCCGUCUUACGACCAUCUACUCUGAUAACGUUUGUUACCUACAGUCGUACAGAACUUAGCACAUCGUCAGAACUUCUUUGUGUCCGUUUGUAUCUUUUUGGGCUAGCGUUCGGUGAUCAUUUCCUUUCAAGCGAGCUUCGCAACACUUUCUCGCGGUCAACUCACGGAAGCCUGUCUCUGUGUUCACACACCGAACUCUUCGCUCUGGGAAAGAUCCAGUCGGAACAGCACAAACGCUCGUGACGGCAGUGUGUGCAUACUUAACCAUCACCUAAUUCGCAUGCACCGAUGGCUAUUGACAUCUUGAUUGUUGGUGCAGGUCUUAGUGGACUUGCCUCCGCUUUUGCCUUGCAGAGAGCCGGUCACCGUGUUACGGUCGUAGAAAGGAGAGAUAUUUCGCUAGGAUGGACAGGGGGCGGUGGUUGUCGGUUACCACCCAAUUUAGUGAAGAUUCUCCGUCGGUGGGGGAUGAGCGAACAGCUUGCUCAACGUGCACUCCCUCUGGAUGUGCUCCAUAUGCUUCGAUUUGAGACUGGGGAAUCUCUUGGAGAGCACGUAUGGGCCGAGGAAAUGUUGCGAGAAGCAGAGGGGGAUUAUGAAUUGAUCCACUAUCACGACCUGUGGGACAUAUUUCAUGAAGCUGUACUCGAUGCAGGGAUAAAGGUACACUCCGGCGUAGAGGUCGCUUCUAUCGACCUCGAGAAGAGGAUUGCCACUCUAGCAGACGGUUCCAUCUUGUCCGCUGAUUUAUUCAUUGGCGCCGAUGGCACCAGAGGCAUAACUCGAAAAUUGCUAUCCGACGGGAUAGAGAAGACCCCAGUCAACGGGUGCACGAUGUACGAGGCGACCGUUCCGAGUGAAAGCAUACGAAAUGUCCCUGAGCUGAGCAGUCUGGGGCUUGGUCCAAAGGAUCCGAAUAAAAUUAUGCUAUUCCUUGGCGAGGGACACUGUAUGCAUUUCUUCCCCAUCCGAGGACGCAAGGAGUUCGCCAUUCAGCUGUGUAUAGCGUACAAUGAGAACGAGACAGAGCCAAAUGGAACGUGGGGCGACGCUGCGUCAGUAUCGCUUUUGGACGUCUUGCCUCGAGUGGUCGAACCAAGAAUACGCAAGUUGGCGGAGUAUGCUCGUUUAGCAACACGGAUUCGUUCGGAGAACACCAAGCUUUCGACGUGGGUACAUGAGAGUCAACGGCUACUUGUGAUCGGGGAGAGCGCGCAUCCAUUUCCAUUCACCAUGACGUCUCUUUUAAUUCAGCCUGGUGCACAACAAGGGUCCGCACUGGCCGUGGAAGAUGCUGCCGUACUAGGGAAGCUUUUUACGUACCUAGUAAAGGAGGAGCAGAUCGGCAACUUCCUUUGGGCGAUCGAGGAGCUUCGACAAGGUCGAUGUGACAAGUGUCUACAAGAGGAGUACGAGCUAUAUCGUUUCCUCACUUUUCCGCCAGGGCCAGAACAAAUAGUACGAGACGAGGACAUGCGUGAAAAGUACCUCAGUGGACGCAAGGAUUUGCGCGUUGGAGACGAUGUCGCCGCGAAGCAGUGGGAGGAACUGCGGACAGUGUAUGCAUAUGAUUGCGAAGACGAGGCCGACAAUUGGUGGAUAGAGUGGGGUCUUCUUCGAGAGCGUGCGCGCGAGCGGAACGAAUUCUAUACCAACGAUGCCUAGAGUGAUAUCCCCCACAUUCCCCAUUUAUGCUAACGAAGCUCCAUACUGCCACCAUCUUCAUGCAUCCAUCUUCUUUUCCCCGUUCAUGUCUCAUCAUGACUGUUUGUCUUCCAUUCCCAUUCUCCAUUCUCCAUCUUGCUUUGCUUUGCCAGUGCUCACUCAUUGCUACUCCACGUCGUCUCGGGACUCUCUCUUACGAACCACCGCUUGUAUUCUUUUACCUAGCAUCUGACUUUUUCUGAUGUUGUAUCUCUCGCUGUUCGUCUGGCAGACUAGGUAGAGAAACGUUAGGCAGGUCCAUGCCAUAGUGCGUAGCAACCUGCAUGCCCCAAAAUUGAUCGCAUAGAUAAUACCCCUAUCGUUUUGGUUGGAACGGACUGGGACGCCUUUUUAAUAUCAACACAUUUUUCUCACU